AUGGCCAGGCGGGCUUACUUGGUCCGCUCCCUCUGGCUGACUGGACCCUCCGCGGUCGCCUCGGUCAUUUUCCAUUCGAUGUGCUGCCAGGCACUCGCUAUGCGCCAGGCGACCGUGGCCUGCACAGCCAUGCUGACCUGCUGCCACAGGCCAGGCGCUCUGCUGGACAUCAGGCAUGAGGAUCUGCUGCCACCACUGAGGCAAAGGGGUUCUCGCUAUGCCGACUGGGGCCUGGUGGUCGCGCCGAGUGCACGUAUCGGCCGGACUAAGUCAGGCGAGAAGGAUGACAUUCUGAUCAUCGGGAUUCUAGAUCGUGCCUUUGUCAAAGACGUUGCCAACUACAUCCAUGCCUCUUCCCACGAUGGUGAACAGGUUUUCCGACACUUCAUUUUACAGUCCUACGAGAAAGCGAUCAACGAGCUAUUGCUGGCCCUCGCACUGGAGCCCAGCCUGGCCGCGGCCGCCGGCACUGGCGGCGGCCCCGCGGCUGGCAGGGCCGCGCACGCCGCGCGGCUCGCCGAGGAGCACUCGGCCAGGGACGCGGCCAGGGCGGCGCGCCUGUCAGCGAGGGAGGCCCGGCGUGGGCGGCGCUCGAGCGGCCCGCGGAGGCUCCGCGCCGCGUCAGCGGCGCCUGGCCGUGCCGGCGAGGACGUGGGCGGCGACGGCGCAGGGGCCACUUUGCUGCCCGUCCGUCGGACGGCCUCCGACCCGCGGGUGGUGGUGUCGCUGACGACGGUGCCUGCCGGCGUGGGCACCCUGAGGCCCACGCUGCAGUCGCUCAGGAACCAGACCUUCCCCGCGGACGCCAUCGAGCUGAACCUCCCCUUGGCGUCCUCGCGAGGUCUUGGGCAUUAUCCGGACUUGCUGCCAGAGGACGCGGAAGGAGUCGACGUGUACCGAACGGAUGACUGGCUGGCCCUCACGAACAUCGUGCCCACAGCCCAGCGAGCGCAGCAAACCGGAGCCCCCACGCUGGUGAUCGUCGUGGACGACGACAGGGUCUAUCCGUCCACACUCGUGGAGGACCACGUGAGGGCCUUCCGGGAGCGCCCGCGCGCCGCCAGCACCUGCCGGGGCUAUAGGAUGCCUCCGCGCGGGGACAUCUCGCCGGCCGUCUUCUUCCCCGCCUGGGACGAGCUGGGGCACUCAAUCUACGGGCACCACCUGCUGGCGCCCGCGAGAGCCCGCAGGGUGGCGGUGGUCACAGGCAGCGACUCCUGGGCCGUGGACCCCUCGUUGCUCGGCCCGGAGCUGUGGCAGGAGCUGGCCUCGCCCGUCCCGCGGGGCAGCGCCAGCGGCGGAGAGGUUGCAAUCCAAGGUGAGCCCAACAUAUCGCGAGUGGCGAUGCUGAUGAACGACAUCUGGGUCUCUGGCCAGUUGAGCCGCCACGGCGUGCAGAAGUACGUGGUCCCUUGCCAAGGUGAGGCCAGGUCCCCGGUCAAGUCAGAGGACAGGGACCGCCAGAACAUUCCACGGGACAGGCGCAGGGACGCGAUGAACGAGCAGGUCAUGCGGUUCUUCGCCGCAGACUGGCUGCGGGAGGAGCUCAUGCCACCAGAGGAGAUCGCCAGGCAGGCGUGGGCCGUGCCGGAGCUCCCACCGCCGCCGAAGGCUUCCAGACGCUCGCCCCUCCGCAGGGCCAUCGGCGGCCUCGCGCGGGCCUUCUUCCGCUCCUGA